CGGGCCUCGCGGCUGCCUCAGCAGCCAGCCCAGCUUCCUCCCGGAUCUGUGCGUGUGAUCGCUGCGUGUGUGUGUGUGUGUGUGUUCGGGGAGCGCGUGUGCGCGCUCGCGUGGGGGCAGUGUGCAUGCGGGGAGUGCGGAGGAGUGUUUGUGUGUAUGCGUGUGGGUGUGAGUGCCUGGCUCCCUUUCGCUCACACACACACACACACACACACACACACACACACGCACACACUCACAAGCCGGCUGGCUCCUCUGAACUUGAAGACUCCCAUAUUCCAAGACGCCCGAGGUUCCUAGGAAUGCCCAGGGAUCUGCCAUUUGGAAAAUCCAACCGGCUUCUUCCUAGGGAGCGAUUCUUUAUUUUUAAUUUGAAAACGAAGAGAACAAGUUAUGCUUUCCCCCCCCCCCUUGGUCUUGCUAAAUGCCAUGGAUAUAACUGAAUAAGCCGCUCAGGGCUGUCCCCGCGUGGACGUCGGAGGCCACCAUCUGCCUGCGUUCGCCGGAGCCGGAGGGUUUAGCUCGAGCCUGUGUCGGGCGGGGAAGGAUGCGUGGCCGAGCCAGGGAGCCCGGGCGCCCCGCGGAGCUGGCCUCGGUGCCUCCCAGCCAGGGAUAGAUGCUGCCUCGCCCAGGCGCCGCGGCCUGAGUGACCAGACCAUGGAGACCCUGCUUGGUGGCCUGCUGGCGUUUGGCAUGGCGUUUGCCGUGGUCGACGCCUGUCCCAAGUACUGUGUCUGCCAGAAUCUGUCUGAGUCACUGGGGACCCUGUGCCCCUCCAAGGGGCUGCUCUUCGUGCCCCCUGACAUUGAUCGGCGCACGGUGGAGCUGCGCCUGGGUGGCAACUUCAUCAUCCACAUCGGCCGCCAGGACUUCGCCAACAUGACGGGGCUGGUGGACCUGACCCUAUCCAGGAACACCAUCAGUCACAUCCAGCCCUUCUCCUUCCUGGACCUCGAGAGCCUCCGCUCCCUGCACCUCGACAGCAACCGGCUGCCCAGCCUCGGGGAGGACACCCUCCGGGGCCUGGUCAACCUGCAGCACCUCAUUGUCAACAACAACCAGCUGGGCGGCAUCGCGGAUGAAGCCUUUGAGGACUUCCUGCUGACGCUGGAGGACCUGGACCUCUCCUACAACAACCUCCAUGGCCUGCCCUGGGACUCCGUGCGGCGCAUGGUCAACCUCCACCAGCUGAGCCUGGACCACAACCUGCUGGACCACAUCGCCGAGGGCACCUUCGCCGACCUGCAGAAACUGGCCCGCCUCGACCUCACCUCCAACCGGCUGCAGAAGCUGCCCCCAGACCCCAUCUUCACCCGCUCUCAGGCCUUUGCUCUGACUGCCACGCCCUUUGCCCCACCCUUGUCCUUCAGUUUCGGGGGGAACCCGCUGCACUGCAACUGCGAGCUUCUCUGGCUGCGGAGGCUUGAGCGGGAUGAUGACCUGGAGACCUGUGGCUCCCCAGGGGGCCUCAAGGGCCGGUAUUUCUGGCAUGUGCGCGAGGAGGAGUUCAUGUGCACGCCGCCUGUCAUCACCCGGCACACGCACAAGCUCCUGGUUCUGGAGGGCCAGGCCGCCACGCUGAAGUGCAAGGCCAUUGGGGACCCCAGCCCCCUCAUCCACUGGGUGGCCCCCGAUGACCGCCUGAUGGGGAACUCGUCCAGGACUGCCGUGUACGACAAUGGCACCCUGGACAUCCUUAUCACCACGUCUCAGGACAGCGGUGCCUUCACCUGCAUUGCCGCCAAUGCCGCCGGAGAGGCCACGGCCGCCGUGGAGGUGUCCAUUGUCCAGCUGCCACACCUCAGCAACAGCACCAGCCGCACCGCACCCCCCAAGUCCCGCCUCUCAGACAUCACUGGCUCCAGCAAGACCAGCCGAGGAGGAGGCGGCAGCAGUGGGGGCGGGGAACCUCCCAAGAGCCCCCCUGAAAGGGCUGUGCUUGUGUCUGAUGUGACCACCACCUCGGCCCUGGUCAAGUGGUCAGUCAGCAAGUCAGCCCCCCGGGUGAAGAUGUACCAGCUGCAGUACAACUGCUCCGACGAUGAGGUACUGAUUUACAGGAUGAUCCCAGCCUCCAACAAGGCAUUCGUGGUCAACAACCUGGUGUCCGGGACUGGCUAUGACUUGUGUGUGCUGGCCAUGUGGGACGACACGGCCACGACGCUCACGGCCACCAACAUCGUGGGCUGCGCCCAGUUCUUCACCAAGGCCGACUAUCCGCAGUGCCAAUCUAUGCACAGCCAGAUCCUGGGCGGCACCAUGAUCCUGGUCAUUGGGGGCAUCAUCGUGGCUACGCUGCUGGUCUUCAUCGUCAUCCUCAUGGUGCGUUACAAGGUCUGCAACCAUGAAGCUCCCAGCAAGAUGGCAGCCGCUGCCGUCAGCAACGUGUACUCUCAGACAAACGGGGCCCAGCCCCCUCCCGUGGGCAGUGCUCCUAGUGGGGCCCCCCAACAGGGGCCGCCCAAAGUGGUGGUGCGGAAUGAGCUGGCCGAGUUCAGUGCUAGCCUGGCCCGGGGCAGUGACUCCUCUUCCUCCAGCUCCCUAGGCAGUGGGGACCCGGCGGGGCUGGGACGGGGCCCCUGGAGGCUCCCACCCCCUGCCACUCGCCCUAAGCCCAACAUUGACCGCCUGAUGGGGGCCUUUGCCUCCCUGGACCUCAAGAGUCAGAGAAAGGAGGAGCUGCUGGACUCCAGGACUCCAGCCGGAAACGGGUCCGGGACAUCAGCCACGGGCCAUCACUCGGACCGAGAGCCACUGCUGGGGCCGCCUGCAGCCCGGGCCAAGAGUCUGCUCCCCUUGCCCCUGGAGGGCAAGACCAAACGCAGUCACUCCUUUGACAUGGGGGACUUUGCAGCUGCGGCAGCAGGAGGGGUCGCCCCUGGUGGUUACAGCCCUCCUCGGAGGGUCUCAAACAUCUGGACAAAGCGUAGCCUCUCUGUCAAUGGCAUGCUCUUGCCCUUUGAGGAGAGUGACAUGGUGGGGGCCCGGGGGACUUUUGGCAGCUCUGAGUGGGUGAUGGAGAGCACUGUGUAGGCCUGGGGGGCGGGGGGGACAUUCUCUCCCACUCUUGCAGGAUGGAAGAAGGGGAAAGAAUCUUUACUGGCAAGUCUUUGUGGAGUUUCCAUGGUGAUGUUUACAUCCAGGGACAGCUUUGUCUCCCUGUCAAAAGCCUCUUCCCCCCCACAACCCACCCUCAUCACCCUCCCUGGCCCAUCCCCCACCACCCAGCUGGGGUGUGCUCAGGGAAAGUGGACUCGCUCAAAUGUUGGACUAAACCCUGAGUGUUUGGGAAGGCAAGACACCUGCCUUUCUAAUCACAAAUGUAGCGUAUAAGCAAGUGGCUUCGGAUUGCU